AAUUUGUAUUGUUUUCGGUAAGAUGCUGGGGAAAGCAAUAAACAAAUAAAGUACAAUAAAUGGUAAAAAUACACUUUGUUUGAAAAGAAAUAAUCUUUGCUUUAAAAUUAUUUGACGAGGAAUGAUAUAUUUGAUACAUUGAUAAAUCUUACAUUUCAAAAAUUUUGAUACUUAUUCAUAUACGUACAUAAUAACCUAAAAAAAGUGGUGAUCUCUUAGUUGAUGUGUUACAUUGUAUUGACAAAAAAUAACACGCUCAGUAAUGGUUAUUAAUGUUUGGCCAAAAUAUAUAAAUGAUUAAAAUUAAAAUUACACUAUUUGGUUCCAAAUAAAAUUCAAAUCAUUAAUAUAAAGAUUCACUUUUUCAACUGAAAAAAAAUCGAAAUUUUUUUAAUGGAUAAAAAAUGUUAAACAUGGAUUACAAAAAAGUUAAACGAGGAAAAUGUUCUUGUGGAAAAUGCGAUGGAUUCCUAGCUUUUACUUCAAUUAAAUGUUCCUCUUGCGGGUGUAUUACCGCAAAACACGCGAAAUUAGAUGCAGACAACUCGGAUAUUCAACAGUUGCAAAUUUCGGAAGUUAUAGAAAAUGAUAAAAAUGAGACUAAUGUUUUGCACAAUAGCGGUUCAGCUGAGGAGAUGAAUGUUGAUAAUUAUUUAGAAAUAACAGUGGAUGGUAACGCGGAACAUUAAUAAUUUACUAUUACAAAAUACAAAAAAUUAAAAACAUUGUAUAUUUCAGAGGCUCCUGGUGCAAAUAUUAAUGUAUUUCUUUCACAAGAAGUACAAAAAAAAUGGCAACAAUGGAAGAAAUAAUUCCGGAUAAUUUCAAUGACGAAUUUGAUGAAAACAUCAUAGCCGGGCUUUUAGGGACAAAAGAAUUGUUGCGGAAAGAUUUUUGCACAGUUAGUCGAUUAAUUGCUAAUAAUUUAAUAGAGUCAGAAAGAAUUUCUUCUUCUGAUGUUUCGCAAGCUUCAAUAAUUUCAACCGGUAGAUUUCAAGGGUUACAGGGAGAAAAUCAACCACGUCAUAGAAGAUUAGAAAUUCGUCUUAAUAAGUAUGUAAAAAUUAAAGACCCUACGACAACUUCGGAGGCAGGUGCUAAGACAGACAAUGAUUCUUUAAAAAAGUUUAAUAAAACACUUGAAAAACAUUUAAAAUUAUUGCAACUGGAAUCAGAAAAAGAGAACUUAGAUACAAACGCAGUAAAAAAACUUCUCGACAUCACAAGAGAUGAUAGAAAAAAUUAUACAAAAACUUGUUCGGCGGGUGAAUUAUUGCAAAGAUAUCCAGUGUUGCAAAAAAAUCAAAUUUUCCUUUGGGAAUUUGGACAACUAAUAAAUUUGUCCCCAGACAUAAUGAAAAAGAAUUUACUAUAUGCAAUACCCAAAUUACUUACAUUAUAUCCACUAAGUGAGAAAGAAACAAACAGCAAUAUUUUUUUUCUGAAACAACUUAAUUUCUUAUUUUCAUCAGGACGAAAACGUGCUAAACGACCGAAACGUCAAUUGGUCGAAAUAAGAAAACUGGAUGACAAAAACGCAUCGAAGGCGCUGAAAAAAAAACGAGCUCCAUUUUUCAGAUUCUCUGACGAUAAUGCUGAAAAAGUCAUGUGUUAUGUUGAUGGGGAGCAAUUUUUUGUUGAAGAACCCAUUGAUAGUAUCAUAAUUCUCCUAGCAACUUAUUGGGUGUUCUACAUCGAUUUUGAUAAAGGCUUUAAAGACCAACUUAUAUUGUUAUGUUUCAUUACUUUUGGAACACGUCUUGCCGAACGUAUUUUGAGAGCAUUCGAUAUUCAAUCUUCAACUGUCGAUGACAUAUUGUUGAGAGCCAAAUUAUUAUAGAAAUUCGCAAAGCUGAAAUCUUACAAGUUCAAUUUUUUUACAAAAAAUUUUUUUUUAAACAAAAUUAAAUUUUUUAAUCUUUAUCAAGGUUUAUUGUAUAAAAUAUUUAAUAAAAAUUGGUGUUAUAUUAUUAAGAUAAA